AUGGCGCCUCCAGCAGCUCCGACUCCGCUUCCCAAGACGCGUGACGAGAUUCUAAGACAGUUGCGGGAGAGUCGAGAGCGCGCUCGCUCGACGGCGAUGGCACCGCCACCGCCACCAGCACAACCGGCUGCGCCGGAGUCUGUGCUGGGAGCACGGUUCAAGAAGGUCGGGGAUGAUGCUACGAAGGUGGAGAAGAAACGAUGGGUGGAACAGGAUGAGAACGGUCGACGAAAGGAGAUCCUGCAGAUUACGGAUGCUCAGGGCAAUACGAAGAGAAAGGUACGGUGGUUGGACAAGCCAGGCCAGUCGAACGGGGGCCUGUUGGCGCCGGACAAGGAUGCAAAGCCCCUUGGUAUGGAGGUACCGGUGGAAAUUGCGUCCAAGACUGCGGCCCCGGUCGAGGCGGAGGACGAGGACGACGAUAUUUUCGCAGGGGUUGGGGCCGAUUACAAUCCCCUGGGGGAUCUGGGCGAGGAGGACAGCAGCUCCUCAGAUUCCGAGGAUGAGACCUCAGUGGAUGAGAAGAAGAUCGAGGAGAGGGCCAGUGCGGAUACAGGUGCGAAUACAGACAGAAACACAGCGCCGCCUGCCGUGGAACCUACGGAGAAACCAUCGCGCCCGCGCAAUUACUUCUCGACGUCGACGAGCGACGAGCCCGAGCCCGUUGAUCGAUCCAACCCCCUGACCAAGGACCCGACGCUGCUGGCUGCGCUGAAGCGCGCUGCUGCACUGCGACAGGGCUCGCCGUCGGAUGAAGCCGCAGAAGGAGGAGACGGCGACGAGGGCGUCGACUCGGACACGCUCCUUCGACGGAAGAGAUUCCUGGAGGAAGCGCGACGACGCGAAGCGCAGGAUGCGAUGGACAUGGAUCUCGGGUUUGGCAACAGUCGCAUUGAAGACGAGGAGGAUGAAGAGGGGCCGACGUACGAUGAACAACGGGGCGGCAAGAAGAGGAAGCGAGGGCCGAAGAAGAAGAAGGGGGACAAAGACAGUGUGUCUGACGUGAUGCAGGUGCUCGAGGGACGAAAGAAAUAA